AUGCACAAGCUAUACAUUGGGAAUCUAGGCGACAGCGUUACUGCCGAGGACUUAGGAAAAACCUUUGACGACCACAAGAUCCCAUACUCCGGACAGUUUCUAAUGAAAACCGGCUAUGCGUUUGUGGAUUGUCCGGACGAUCAGUGGGCCAUGAAGGCAAUCGAGACGUUUUCUGGUAAAGUGGAGCUUCAUGGGAAACGCAUUGAGGUCGAGCACUCCGUCCCCAAGAAGCAAAGGACCAGGAAACUGCAGAUCAGAAACAUCCCACCUCACCUACAGUGGGAGGUGCUGGAUGGUCUGUUGGCCCAGUGUGGGACUGUAGAGAACUGUGAACAAGUGAACACAGACAGUGAGACUGCAGUGGUUAAUGUCACAUAUGCAUCCAGGGAGCACGCCAGGCAAGCCAUCCAGAAGCUGAACGGAUACCAGUUUGAGAACAACGCCUUGCGCGUCUCCUACAUCCCCGACGACAUCUCUGAGCUGGAAGGUCAGCGGGGGCCAGACAAUGGCCGUCGCCCUGGCUACGGGCCUCGCGGGCCCCGUGGUGGGUCCCCGAGCUCCGGGAUGCCCUCCAAACCGCCGCACGCCGACAUCCCUCUGAGGCUGCUGGUGCCCACACAGUACGUCGGAGCCAUCAUCGGCAAGGAGGGGGCCACCAUCCGCAACAUCACCAAGCAGACGCAGAGCAAGAUUGAUGUUCACCGUAAAGAGAACGCAGGUGCUGCUGAGAAGCCGAUCAGCAUCCACUCCACCCCCGAGGGCUGCUCCGCUGCCUGCCGCAUGAUCCUGGACAUUAUGCACCAGGAGGCUAAAGACACCAAAACAGCUGAUGAGGUUCCUCUGAAGAUUCUGGCUCACAACAACUUUGUGGGACGCCUCAUUGGGAAGGAGGGACGCAACCUGAAGAAAGUCGAGCAGGACACAGACACCAAGAUCACCAUCUCCCCGCUCCAGGACCUGACGCUGUACAAUCCAGAGAGAACCAUCACAGUGAAAGGCUCUAUUGAAGCCUGCUGCCUGGCCGAGGUGGAGAUCAUGAAGAAGGUCAGGGAGGCCUACGAGAAUGACAUUGCUGCUAUGAAUCAACAGACCCACCUGAUCCCUGGUCUCAACUUAGGUGCUCUGGGCCUCUUCCCCUCUUCCUCCAACAUGCCCCCACCCCCACCUGGAAAUGCUGUCUCUGGUGCCCCCUAUGGCUGUUUUGGGGCUCCAGAGCAGGAGACGGUCCACGUCUACAUCCCAGCGCAGGCUGUGGGAGCCAUCAUCGGAAAGAAGGGACAGCACAUCAAACAGCUGAGCCGCUUCGCCGGGGCCUCCAUCAAGAUCGCCCCAGCUGAAACUCCAGACUCUAAAAUGAGGAUGGUGAUUGUGACAGGACCCCCUGAGGCUCAGUUUAAGGCUCAGGGCAGAAUCUAUGGCAAACUGAAGGAGGAGAACUUCUUCGGGCCGAAGGAGGAGGUCAAACUGGAGACUCACAUCAAGAUGGCUGCCGCCGCUGCAGGGAGGGUCAUUGGAAAAGGAGGCAAGACAGUGAACGAGCUGCAGAACCUGACAGCAGCUGAGGUGGUGGUCCCCAGGGAACAGACGCCUGAUGAAAACGACCAGGUCAUCGUCAAGAUCAACGGACAUUUCUAUGCCAGCCAGCUGGCUCAGAGGAAGAUCCGGGACAUCCUGACCCAGGUCAAACAGCCACAGAAAGGCGGGAUGGGCCCCAGCCCUAAUCCCCAGGGCUUCACAGAGAUGGGCAGUCCUACACAGGGUCUGACUCAGGAGCACCAGCCACGCAGGAAGUGA